AUGGCUGCUCGAAUAUCGGGGGCCCCCGAGCCUCGCAAGGGGGGCCCCCCGUCGCACGUGGGUGGGGGCCCUGCUGGGGACGGCUGCUGCUUCGCGGAAGCGGCAGCAGCAGCAGCAGCAGCAGCAGCUGCUGCUGCUGCUGCUGCGGAGGAAGACGAGGCCGAGGCCCCCAACCCCAGCUGCAGCGAGAAGAGGCCCCUGCAGCCCCUAGAGAAAUGCAUGGGGGCCCCUUCUCCAGACUCAAUGAGCUACAGCAGGGCCCCGCUGCUGCCUGCGUGUUUGCAUGCAGAAGCAGCAGCAGCGGGUGACAGCGCGAAGGACGCUGCAGCAGAAGCAGCAGCAGCAGAGGAAGCCAGGCCCUACCCCUGGCUCAGCAGCAGCGCAGCCUCCCCCUCAGCAGCAAGUGGCUGGCGCUCCCCCCCCAUGUGCUGCAGCACUGCUGUGUCUCCUUCUUCCCGCUGCGAGCAGCUGUCUUGCUGCGGCUCCCCAGCCAGCCGCUGGGGUGAGUGCUGCUGCUUCUCCAGCCUGCAGCUGCAGCAGCUCAGGUGCGCAGACGCAGCAAAGAUGCAGCUGGCAGCAGCAGCAACAGCAGCAGCAGCACCGCCUGACGCCGAAGUCGGCCCGGUGCUCCUGCAUGCGGCGCCGAGCCAGCAGCAGCAGGAAGCGGGACAGACCACCAGCAGCAGCGGCAGCAGCAGCAGCAGCGACAGCAGCAGCGGCAGAGCAGUACAAGAAGAAGCACCCGCAGCAGCGAAGGAGCAGCUAGCAGUUGCUGCCGUUGCUGCAGACGGUGCUGCUGCUGCUGCAGGCCCUGCUUGCUACUCUUGUGCUGCAUCCGAAGCAGCAGACGGGAGUUUGACUUCGAGUCAAUCUCCUCAGCAGAUUCCAGAGCGGGGUGGGACUGCAGCAGAACCUGCUGCUCCUCCAGCAGCAGCAACGGCAGCGACAGCAGCAGCAGCACCAUCAGCAGCAGCAGCAGCAGCUGCUGCUGCUGCGAACUUGAAUGCAGCGCAUGGCCCUGCCCCCACCCCCUUUAACGGCAGCGGCGCUGACGCCGAGGCCGGUAGCACAGAUGCUGAUGAAGCAGCAGCAGCAGCUGCUGCUGCUGCUGCUGCUGCAACUCAUGCAGCCGAAACUGCAGUGGCAGUGACGGCAGCCGCAGCAGAAGCAAAAGAAGCCAGAACAGAAGCAGCAGCAGCAGCCACAGCAGCAGCAGCAGGAAGUCCUGCCCCGCAGCGUCAAGCGGAGCUGCCUGCCAGCAGCACAGCUCCCUCUCCGGCUGACCAGGCGGGAGGGACAGUGCAGGGAGAGCCGUCAGCAGCAGCAGCAGAAGCUGCUGCUGCGGCAGAAGCCCCAGCAGCAGCAGCAGCAGCAGCAGCAGCAGCAGAUGAGGACACGGAGGGCUGGAUCUCCGUGAAGCCGCGGCGCCCUCGCCGCUGGGCAGAAGUGCCCAUAUCGGACGACGAGGAGAGCAGCGGGUUCCGGCCCCAGAGGAAGCCCCACGGCCCCGCAGCUGCAGCAGCACACCGCCAACACCCGCGGCAAGGGGGCCCCCCGGCUGCGCGGAAGCCCUGCAGCUACGGGGAGAAAGCAACAGCAGCAGCAGCAGCAGCAGCAGCAAACGCGCAGCACAGACACACCAACUACACCUGUGUGUUUAGCGCAGCCGUGGCUGCGGGCCUCGUCAACCCCGGCCGAGACACAUACGUGGCGCCCGCCGAGCAGCGGAAACAGCCGCAGCAGCAACAGCAGCAGCAGCAGCAAACCAAUUUCGAGGAUGAUAGGGGCCCGAAGCAACCUGGCGGUGCUGCCAACAUCAACUGGGGCCCGUGGGUGUCUCAUUCCUGCGGAUGGUGCUUAUGGCACGACCCAAUAGGCAACGAGGCGAGCGGAAGCAGCAGAAGCAGCAGCAGCAAAGGGCGGCUGCAGGAAGACUAUGAAAGGGGCCUCGUGCAAAUAGGCCGGGCUACGUCUUUGCGGGCGACGCUGGAGCUGUUUCAGCUGCUGUCCCACAAGGCUUUGAGCCCCCCUGUGAACGUGGCCGUCUUUGUGGGCGGCUGCGCCCCCCUGUGGGAAGACCCUGUGAACAGGAGGGGGGGGCACUUCGUCAUAAGAAACCUCGCAGGGAAGUCGCAGGCCGUGGAGGUGUUUUUGCUGCUGCUGAGAUCCUUAGAGCAGAAGCAGCAGCGCCACAGACGGACCUUGAGGGCCCUCCUCUCUACUCUUACUGGAGUGGUACUGUGUCUGCGCAACAACGACAAAAGCCACAAAGUUGAGGUGUGGGUGGGGUCGACUGCGUGCCAGACGCUGCGGCAGCAGGAGGCGCAGCUGCGGGAGCUGUUGGGCUCUACUGCUGUGGGGCUGCACCGUUUGGACUUCGCCUUUCUUUCGCAUGAAGCUUGCCUUAAUAAAAACCAAAGAAAGCUGCGCCUUAAGCCGCAAAAGCGGGAGCCCGAGGUGGCGCCAGCGGGAGCUGGGGAAGCAGCGUUGCCGCAGCAGCAGCAGGAGCAGCUGCAGCAGCUGCAGCAGCAGCAAGUGGUGCUGCCUGCUUUGUAUUCGGGAGAGAGAGAAGCAGGGGCAAGCAGCUGCAACAAAGCAGCCUGCGGGGAUAGACUUUGCGGGGAAGGGGCCACUUCGACUUGUGAAAGCGUGAGCACAGACACAGGAAGCUCCCGCCGCAACAGCAGCAACAGAGGGGCCUUCAGCAGCAGCGGCAGCAGCGGCGGCACAAAGAGCAGCAGCAGCUGCUGCAGCACCAGCUCUAGCAGCGGCAGCAGCAUUUCAAGUCUCUGCUGCGACGCGGGCGUGUCGACCCGCAGCUACAAGAGUGUCAUUCUUAGAGGCACUCAAACAGGUAGGCAGGUACGGUGGUGCGGCGGCUCUGCAGCUUCGCCGCCACUCGGGCUUUUCGCGAGCAGCAGCAGCAGCAGCAGCAGCGGCAGCGUCGCAGAGACGAAUUCGAGGGGAGAUGAGAAGAAGUCGCCGCUCGCGCCAACGGCUGAAGAUGUACCUCAACUCAGUAAACAGCAGGUCCAGGGGCAACAGCAGGUGCCGUUGCAGCAGCGAGAACGAGCAGGGAGCAGCAACAGCAGCACGAAGCCACCAGCGCUGCACUCAGGGGCACUGGCUGCUGCUGCAGGGAAGGCCGCGGGAGCUGCUGCUGCUGCUGGAAGAGGGAAAGAUGCGCCGCAGCCACCCGAAGGUGCACAGGCUGCUGCUGCAGGUGCAGCAGCUGCAGCAGCUGCACCAAGCAGCCGAAUUACCCGGGGGGCUGUCAGUGUGGGCCGGAAACAAGGCAGACACAAACACCCACGGAGGCAGUAUGGGGUAGGACUUAGCCACAGCGAAAGCCUGCGGCCUGAGCAGCAGCUGCUGCAGCACUUAUAUGCAUUCAAUGCUAGCGAAAUCCCAGACUAUUUCUCAAUGCAGCAGGCGGCGUACCAGGGGCGGGCUCCGGUCUAUCAGAGCUACGCUGCGUGCGCCACUGCUGCUGCUGCUGCCGACCAGGCUGCUGCUGCAGACCAGCAGCAGCAGCAGCCAGUAACUCUGUGGGACUUUCCACCUUUGUCUUCCUCUGAAGCGGCCGCUGCGGAUGCUGCUGCUGAAGCUUCUCUUCAGAGCCAUCAGCAGCAAGAACGAAGACAGGCACAGCUGGCGCCAGGGCAUGGAGCAGCAGAAGCAGCUGAAAACAGCAGCAGCGUCAGCAGCACACCUGCAGUGAAGCAGUUUGCUUUUAAUCCUUACGCUCCGGGAUUUGUAAUGCCUUCUGUUCCUCUCUCUGCCCCAACAGUGGCAGCAGGGGGUGCUGCCGUUGCUGCUGCAGCUGCUGCUGAUGUUGAGGAGGAAGUCAGCGAGCGCUGCUCGGCGGAAGCGGCUGAGGCUUCUUCGACUUUGCUGCUGCAGCCUCCCGCCGCUGCGGAUGCCGGCAACCUUCCUUCCGCUGGCGCUGCUGCUGCGCCGGUGGAAGCCGAUGCAGCAGCCGCAGCAGCAGCAGCAGCAGCAGCAGCUUCAGAAUACAUGGGCGGGCUGCUGGACGCGGACUUCGUGGACCCCCAGGACCCCUCGUCUUUGCUGCUCAUAACGCUGAUGCUGCACCCUGCCCUUGACGACGGCAGCCCGCUGCAGGUGCCGCUGCUGCCGCUGGCCCGAAUAGAAGGCGGCGCAGUUGCUGUGGAGGCAGAGCUGGAAGCUGCGGAGCAGCAGCAAGAGCCCCGCAAGAAGGAAGCAACGAGUCCUUCGCGUCUCAGCCUGACUCUGGACUACGAGGGGGUCACUCAGACUCUGUCAGUUGACAUUCAGCAGGACUAA